UUGAAACUUUAGUUGCAAAAAACACCUACAAGCGACGCAAAGAGUGACAGACACAAACUCACAAACACAAAACACAACUCUCUCUCACCGGAACUCUAAACUUCCGGGGAUAAAAACUCCUACGGCCAAACCGUCCGCACCCAAAACUCUUUUCUGCCAAACCCUUAAAAUUCCGAUUCGUUUUUUUUUUAUGUUUCUAUCACCAACUUUUGCUGAAAUAUAAGCAAAUUUUACUCCGAACUGGGUAAGGUUGGUGGUGGUAUGAUGGGAUUUUGUAUAUGUCCCUUGGAAACUCCGGCAAGGUUGCUGUGGACUACUAGCUUCUUUCGUCACAAGCUCAUGAUUUUCUAAUCUUUAAUUAAUAUUUGUUUAAACUCUACUUCUUCUCAUCAUCGUCGUCAUCGUCUGCUCACAACCACCCCUUUUAGAUUGUUUUUGUGUUUAAACUCUACUUCUUCUCACCAUCAUCGUCGUCGUCGUCCACUCAUUCAACGUAAUCAUAUAAUACGUUGAGUGAUCAAAGAGAUAAUUUGCAAGGUUUUGUCAUGGAGUCCGGACGUCUUUUCUUCGACCCUUCUGUAGCCUGCCCUGGCAACAUGUUGUUCCUCGGAAAUGGAGAUUCCUUACUUCGAGGAGCAAGAUCGAUGAUGAACAUUGAGGAGACCUCAAAGAGGCGACCUUUCUUCACUUCACCAGACGACUUGUUCGAUGACUGCUAUUAUGACGAGCAGUCACCUGAGAAAAAACGCCGCUUAUCUCCUGAGCAGGUGAAUCUGCUGGAGAAGAGCUUUGAGGCAGAGAACAAACUGGAGCCAGAACGGAAGACCCAGUUGGCUAAGAAGCUGGGAUUGCAGCCGAGACAGGUGGCUGUUUGGUUCCAGAACCGCCGCGCUCGGUGGAAGACCAAGCAACUUGAAAGAGAUUAUGAUCUCCUUAAAGCUUCUUAUGAUGCUCUCCUCUCUAACUUCGACACCAUUCUCAAGGAAAAUGAGAAUCUGAAAUCUCAGGUGGUUUCUUUAACUGAGAAACUUGGAGCAAAAGAAGAGAAUAAUAAACAAGGGAAAAAGAGUGAGGCAGUGACACCAGAAAUGGUACAAGUUUCAGUAGCCCGAUUGAGCAAUAAGGUUGAGGAUCGGCUGAGUUCUGGCAGUGGUGGAAGUGCAGUGGUUGAUGAGGAUUGUCCACAAAUUGUGGACAGUGGUGAUUCGAUUUCAUAUUUUCCAAGUAAUAAAUACACAGGAUGCAUGGGGCCCGUUGAUGGGGUUCAAUCAGAGGAGGAGGACGGAAGUGAUGACGGCCGGAGUUACUUCCCCGAUGUGUUUGUGGGUGCACAGAAUCAGCAGCCUGAGGAGCCAUUGGAGUGGUGGAUGUGGUCAUUAUAGGGCCACUAAUCAAACUUUGUUACUAAGCUCUUUUGUCUUUGUAUUUUCCGUUUAAGCAUUAUCAGUUAAAAAAACUAUAUGAAAGUAAUGACUUUAUAUGUGGAUGUAUGGGGCUUAGUAUGAAUAAAACCGUGUUGAAGUCAAUUGGGUUUUGAGUUGUAUUACAGUUAUGAAGUGAUGUAACAUCCUUUGAAUGGAUGGCUACCUAAGA